UUUCCAAGUCAAUCUAACAAACACAUACACACUCAGGUACACACAGCAGACACAGCAUUUCUUUCACCCUGUAGAACACAGGAGCUGGAAAACUAUUCUUCUUCACCAUGCAGUCCAGCUGCUACCUACUAUUCUGUCUACUGCUCGUGUCCCAUGACUCCUCAGCAGUCAUCACAGGGGCCUGUGAGAAGGACUCUCAGUGUGGAGGGGGGAUGUGCUGUGCGGUCAGCUUAUGGAUCCGAAGCCUGAGGAUGUGUGCCCCUAUGGGACAGGAGGGAGACGAGUGCCACUGCUUGAGUCACAAGGUUCCCUUCUUUGGCAAAAGACUACACCACACAUGUCCAUGUCUUCCAGAUCUGGCAUGCAUCACCACAUCCGAGGGCAAAUCAAAAUGUCUUUCCCCGUACAUGUACCAAGAAUCCUACCUCUGAGGACAACCACCAAAAAUGCAGCUAGUGAUUUACUAUGCCUACAUUAGCAGUUUGGAAAAUAAUGUUUUCAGGACAUGUA